UAUAAAUGGCCGUCGCUCGGACACAUUGUUAUCAGUCGUUUUUUGUUCUCGUAACGGAAGCAAAACAAAACACAUAACUGUCGUUAGAAUGGUGUCCAAGGUGAUAACAGUAUUGGCAGCUUUGGCAGCAUCAACCUACGCAAGUGCUCCACUAGCAGUAGCCCCAGCUCCCUUAGCAGUAGCACCAGCCCCAUUAGCUGUGUCCGAAGUCGACCCCUACCCCCAAUAUUCGUUUGCUUACGAUGUCAAAGACGUUAUCUCCGGUGAUUUCAAAAGCCAAGUAGAGACCAGGAACGGAGGUGUCGUUCAAGGUCAAUACUCUGUGGUGGAACCCGAUGGUACUCGGCGUCAAGUUGACUAUGUAGCAGAUCCAGUUAAUGGAUUUAACGCGGUCGUAAGCAAACUACCAUUGGCUAGGGCUAUCCCAGCGGCACCAGUUGUAGCCCCUGCGCCCGUAGUUGCUGCAGCUAGAGUUGCCCCUGCGCCAGUAGUAGCCCCGGCGGCACCACUUGCACGAGCUGCGCCCGUGGUUGCGCCGGCAAGACUGGCGGCACCUUAUGGUUACGCCUACUUCUAAAUAAACUGAUAAGCUUCCCGAAUUUUUUUUAUGAAACUACUACGACUGUGUAUUUGUAUAUAUUUAUGUAUGAAUGUAAUAUAAUUUG